AUGCCUAAUCGUGGUCGUCGCGGUCGUCGUCCAAGUUCGAGAAUCCCUGCGAGCAUCGCAAAUACUAACCUCUCGGGAACCACCCUUGUAUCUCGGGGAUCUUUCCCUGGGUCAGUAACCCCGCCAAGCUCUAGAUCUCCGAGUCGCUCCUCCAGUAGGAUCAUCCAUGAUGGGCCUCCUCGAAGUCGCUCCUCUAGCGGUUCACCCCCAAGGCGAUAUCCUAACUCUCCUGGAUCUCCUCGCAGGGCAAUUGGUAAUGGCCCUCAGGCCUCCCCAGGUUCACGCGAUCAGCGAUCUAUCAGACAUAUGUCUUACCCGACUGGCGGCCCUAGACGGGUAGUCAGAGGUGGUCGGUAUGAACCGUCACGCCACUCACGAAGCGGACCAUCCUUACCCAGGGGCGGCGGAGCUCCCUCCCAUAGGCCUUUCACGCCAGCGACUGUUGUGCCUUCUGUGUACUUGGGGCAGAGGCGAGAUGGUCCCACAAGUACCGUAGGACCUUGGGAUUCUGCUACCCAGGUCCCUACGCCCGUCUCGACUCGUCGCUACGAGCCGGGGCAUGGACGAGAAUAUGGGAGACGCUCUCGCUCCAGAGAUCCAAAUACCCAGGUCAUUCAAGUCGUAUCCGACGGCUUUUCGUGUCUCCAUGGGUCAAUUGAAUUUCAGCUCGCUGAGACUGUCGAUCAGUUUCUUGAAUUAUGGAAUCGGUUCACUGCGACAAUGGACGAUGACAUGCGGAAUCUGCGGGCCGCUACACGUGCACUCGAAGAAUUCAGGGACCCGCCUGAGAUGCCUAUCGCACUCCUCAACGACUGGAUCGCAGCACAGCAUCUCUAUCAACUGAGAAUGCGUGCGUAA